AGCUGACGCGCAGCCCCGCCCCCGGACAUAACCGGCCACCGCCACAGCCUCAGCGGACAGCGCCGAGCGCAGGAGGCUCGGACCCGUGGCCGGUGCCGGGUGCCCCGCCUCCCGCUUCCCGCCUCCCCGCCAUGGCCGCGCCCCGCACUCUGGCGGCCGCUGCGCCCGCACCCGGAAAGGCCAAGCUGACGCACCCUGGGAAGGCCAUCCUGGCAGGCGGCCUGGCGGGCGGCAUCGAAAUUUGCAUCACCUUCCCCACCGAGUACGUGAAGACCCAGCUGCAGCUGGACGAACGCUCGCACCCGCCACGCUACCGGGGCAUUGGGGACUGCGUGCGGCAGACGGUCCGCAGCCAUGGCGUCCUGGGCCUUUACCGAGGCCUCAGCUCCCUCCUCUACGGCUCCAUCCCCAAGGCAGCUGUCAGGUUCGGGAUGUUCGAGUUCCUCAGCAAUCACAUGCGGGAUGCCCAGGGACGGCUGGACAGCUCGCGUGGGCUGCUGUGCGGUCUGGGCGCCGGCGUGGCUGAGGCAGUGGUGGUCGUGUGCCCUAUGGAGACCGUCAAGGUGAAGUUCAUUCAUGACCAGACCUCCCCCAAUCCCAAAUACAGAGGAUUCUUCCACGGGGUCAGGGAGAUUGUGAGGGAGCAAGGGCUGAAGGGGACAUACCAGGGUCUCACAGCCACCGUGUUAAAGCAGGGAUCCAACCAGGCCAUUCGCUUCUUCGUCAUGACUUCCCUACGCAACUGGUAUCGAGGGGACAACCCCAACAAGCCCAUGAACCCGCUGGUCACUGGCGUGUUUGGAGUUAUUGCGGGUGCAGCCAGUGUCUUCGGGAACACUCCUUUGGACGUGAUCAAGACCCGAAUGCAGGGUCUGGAGGCACAUAAAUACCGAAACACUUGGGACUGCGGCUUGCAGAUCCUAAGGAAUGAGGGACUCAAAGCAUUCUACAAGGGCACUGUGCCUCGCCUGGGCCGGGUCUGCCUGGAUGUGGCCAUCGUGUUCAUCAUCUAUGAUGAGGUGGUGAAGCUGCUCAACAAAGUGUGGAACACAGACUGAGCCACUAGGGUCUGCAUGGGGGCUGUGCCAGGCGCCUCCAGACCAGUUCCCUCCACCCUCUUCUCUCAAUUCCAAUGCAGUUGUGCCAAAAGGUCCCUUUGCUCUCUGUGGCCUGGGCCUGUCCCCUGUGGCCAUUGAGUCCAUUUGUCCCAUAAUACUGUGUGUCCCUUGUGGUCCAUGUGACACCCCCACUGUGUCCAUGUGUCCAGCCGAGGCUGGGUGUCCCUCUGGCCUGUGAAUCUGUGCCCACUUGUCCAUGUGCUUACUCAUGAGCCACGUGCCUGUGUUUCAUGUUCUGUGUCAUGUGACCCUGUACCCUGCAUCCCGGGGUGCCCGUGUGGCCUGGGUCCACAGCCCUGUAGUCAUGGCUCGGUCCCAGCCCGGUGCCUUCCACUCUGGGCAGCAGGGGCACCCGCCCCAGCCUACCACAGCUGCCUCCGGGCUUCAGCCUGGCCUCACCGCAUUCCAGGGGCUGCAUGCCCCCUGCUUCUCCCGCCACUGGCCUUAACUGGCCCUUGGGCCCUCCCUCCGCCUGGGACAGGGUAGCACCCACCACUCUCAGGACCACCCUCCCAAGGCAGAAUAAACCGGAUCCUGUCACAGCC